AUGGCAUUUCCACAUCCACAGCCCAUGACCUCCUACUGGCUCUCUGCGGCUGCGGAUCUGGCCAACCAUCGAACGACUGAAUCUCUACCCACAGAAGCAGACGUUGUAAUUAUUGGGUCUGGAUAUUCAGGCUCAGCAGCGGCCUAUUUUCUGGCGACAGGGAGCAGAGACGGUAACACCAAACGCCCGUCAACCGUGAUUCUGGAAGCUCGCCAAGUCUGCUCUGGCGCCACUGGACGAAACGGGGGACAUUUGAAACCAGACACCUAUUACUCUGCGGCAGAGGCUUAUCAGAAAUACGGCGCCAAAGUUGCUGACGAGCUGAUCAAGUUUGAGAGACAACAGGUGUUCGACGUCAAGCGGCUUGUGGAAGAGGAGAAGAUUGAUUGCGACUUCGAACUGACGAGGGCAAUCGACAUUUUCACAGACCAGCAGACAGCGGACUCGGUAAUGAAAACACAUAACGAAAUGAAGUCCAACGGAUUCUCCUUCCCCGACGACCUGCACGUCAUAGAUGACCCCAAGCGGGCAGAACAGAUUUCUGGCGUUCGCGGGGCAAAAGCUGCUUUCUCGUUCACUGCAGGAUCUGUGUGGCCAUAUAAGCUUGUAACCCAUCUUCUCCGCCGCAGCAUAGAAAUGGGUGCCAACCUGCAGACGAACACUCUUGUGCAGCAGAUUUCAGCGGAUCAAGCAGACGGCAGAUGGACGGUGAAGACGAAUAGAGGAGAAAUUUUGGCCCGUAAAAUCAUUGUGGCCUCCAAUGCAUAUACCGCCUCAUUGCUUCCCGAGUUCAAGGAAAAGAUCGUUCCUGUGAGAGGAGUAGUGUGCCGAAUUGCCGUACCCGAGGAAACAGGAAAAAGAGCACCGCAUCUGAACAACACUUAUGCCCUUCGGUUCAAUCCCGAGCACUUCGAUUAUCUCAUCUCCAGAAGUGAUGGUAGCAUCGUGGUCGGCGGUGCAGACCGAUGUGCUGUGGAGAAGCAGGCGUACUGGUAUGAAAAUACCGAUGAUUCUCAGCUGAUUCCCGAGACCGAGCAAUACUUUACCGGGUAUAUGCAAAGGAUGUUUAAUGGCUGGGAAGACUCCAAAGCACACAUCACAGAUAUAUGGUCCGGCAUCAUGGGCUGGUCGAACGAUUCCAUGCCGUUUGUUGGGAGACUACCAGGAAAGCCCGGGAUAUACGUAACUGCAGGCUUCACCGGUCACGGCAUGCCUCGCAUCUUGGGUUGUUCAAAGGCUCUGGUGGAGCUGGUGCAAUCGGAUGGCGAAACAAUUGACAUGAACACCAAGAAUGGGAUUCCGAUUCCAUACUUGUUAACGGACGCGAGGCUCGAGGACAAGACCAGCGACAUUUUCUCGUAUGCUCAAAAAGAUGAGUCCGAUUUGAAGUCGAGGCUGUGA